AUGCGAUGUGCUCAGCUAUCAGUCAAGAGAAACCUGAAUAGUCUGCCUUGGGCGCUGCUGGUGCUGCUCUUGCUGGCGGCUCUCGCGCUUCAGUUCGCGUCAGCAGCCGAGCAGGAUGAGAGCGCCAGCACAGAGAGCAAUGAGAUUAUACCACGUGAGGCCAUCCAGAAGCUGGACUACUCAGUGCGGCAGGCGCUGCUGCGUGCCAUAGACAAGCUGGAGCAGGAGGAGGCAGCCGCGGCCACAGCGACGCUGACUGUGACGGAGACAAUACCGGAGGAGGUGGGGUCGACGGCGCCGACAACUCAGCCCACGCCGCCAGCACAAGCACGGGAGCGCGAGGAGAUUCUGGAGGAGAGCACCAGUGCUGUGGACGCAGUGGUGCCAACCGUACAAUUCUACACGGCGACCUUUGACGAGCGCAAUGCGCAGGAGCAGUUGCUCUCCUCAUUCAUCGAUCGCUCCAAGCUGUGGAAGAAGACAACUCUGCGCAAGCAGAGCUCAAGUGCUCCCCCCUCCUCCUCCUCCUCCUCUUCGCCAGCGCCAUUGCCCAUUGAGGCGAAGACGUUGGAUGUGGGACCGGACAGCCGUCAGCUGACCCGCAGUGUGGGGAAUGGGGUCCGCACCAAUGAAAUCUCGCAUGAAGGCAGCAAUGAAAUCAAAUUUGAGAUACGCAACUCCAAGAAGGACACCACAGCACGUCCUGCCAGCAGCAGCAGCCUUAGGACGACAGCAAUACCAACAACAACAUCAACGACAACACCAAGGCCGCGCACCACACGCCGACGCACCACCACCACCACCACCACCACAACGACCACAACUACAACCACGCCGCGACCCACGCACAAUGAGGAUGGCGAGAACAUCGAGUUGGUCGACAAGGAGGACAUUCGCAUACAGGAAGCACCGCUGGUCACCGCCUUCACGGUGGAUCUGGACGAGCGCGGCACGGCCCAAAAGUUCCGUCCCAUUGUGCACAACAGCGCGCUCAACUAUCAGCAGCAACCACAGCAGGUGGCCCACAUUGGUCCCACCAUAACCAAGCUGAAUGUUCUCGAGGCCGUGUCGCCGCCAACGCCACUGCCCACGCAGUCAACCACAAUUACCGCCCAGACGACAACAUCGACCAGCUCCUCCACAGCACCACGCGCAACCACUCCAGGCUUGCUCAGCGCCACCACCAACAACUACAUCAAGCAGGAGCCAAUUGUAGGUCUAGCGCCCGUGAAUAACUAUCUAAUCGAACGUCAGCGCGCACUGGAACAACAGAUCUAUCAGCUCAAGUUGCAGGCUCAGCAGCAACAGGCAUUGAUUUUGCGCCAGCUGAAAAUACUGGAGGAGCAGAGUCGGUUCCAUGGAAACGGGGUUGUCGGUGGCAUUACCAGUACGCCGAUUGCACAGUCCAGCAAUCUGCAGACGACGCAGCAACAGCCCCUGCCGCUGCAGCAGAAACUAUUGCAAGCACCGCAGCAGCAACAGCAGCAGCAACAACAACAACAGCAACUGUCGCUGGAGGCAAUACAAACGCUGCAGCCUCCGGCACCGGGUUACACCAUAAGACCUUCAGUAGAAUUUAUACCCAGCACACAUACCAAGACCAUUGUCUAUCCCACAUAUCCAAUCGAGCAGCAAUUGCCGCUGCGCGAUGCGGUUGCGGGCAAUAAAUUUUCGCUGCACAAUGGCAAUAGCAACGGCAACGGCAACAGUAAUAACAACAAUAACAACUAUCAGAAAUUGGCAACACCAACGAAUGCAGUGCAACAAAUUUUCCAAAACUUGCAGCAAAAUUUGCAAAACGCAGCGGAAAAUGUAGCGGGCAAUAGUCCGACGGUCCAGCAGCCGUUGCAGCCUGGAGGCCAAUUCAGCUUCGCUCCCGCCCUCAACGCGCCCCCACAGCCGCUGGAGGCGGCAUUGGUGCAACCACUGCCGCAGCAUGGCUUUCAGCAGUUUCAACAGCAACAGCAACUGCAGCAACAACAACAGCAGCAACAGCUGGCCGUGCCAGCCUAUGUCAGCAAUGCGAUCUACCAACAACAGCAGCAACAGCAACAACAGCAGCAGCAGCGUGCGCGCCUCUUUCGCCAGGAAUCGGGCACGGCCAAUUUUGGCCUAAAUUCGAACGUGGAGAUACAGCCAAGCAACUCGUUUGACGCGCUCUUGCCACCGACCCUUGUCAGUCAACAGCAGCAGCAGCAACAUCAGCAUCAGCAUCAGCAGCAACAAAGCUUGGACAAUCAAAAUUUCUAUCGCCAGCAUUUGACGCCGCAAUUGAGCAGCCAAUUGCAGCAGAAUGCGCAGCAAUACUUGCAACAACAGCUGCAGCAACAGCAGCAACAAAAGGCGCCCGCCGCAAGCGGCAAUGUCAAUUCAGCUCUGAACCACGGCAUACCACCAUUUGCGUCACAAAAUCUGCACUUCAAUGUCGGGGGAGCCAGUGGCACUUUCUAGGCCCACCAACCAGCAUCUCUAUCACCCAGCACUAGCACUUGCACCACCACAAUCAGCACCACCAACACCACCACCACCACCACCGUCACAAAGAACAACCACCCAGCAGCACUCUGAGACAGACCCAAGAAAUUAUUGUCCCAGCACUUUUGCAUACUGCACUUGAAUGACC